AUGCAGCCAGGAGCGACGGUGGUUCUUGCCACGGUCUGGCUGGCGGUGUAUGCGAACCUGGUGGGGACACUCCGCAUUAACUUCACCGCCGAUCAAUACUCCCCUUUGGCCCCGCAACACCAGCGGCAUGAAGUUUAUCGAAGAGCCGAGGGCCAACCUUCGGAGUGGAAGGAUCCGAAUUCGGGCUCCCAGGAACAAUCCCACGAGAGCGAGUACCUCGGGAGCGACUCGCUGCUCGCUCGCCGGUCACGGGACAACGCCGCCGACGAUUUUUCACCCUUGGUCGAAGAUAAGCGGCCCGAAUACACGGACAGGAGGGCUGAUAACAGAGGGACGAAGGGUGCGCUGGAGUCGGCGCAGCGCGAGCUGUCGCCGCCGGCGGUGUUCGAGGACCAAUUCGUGGCCGACGACACGUUCCAGGAUCAAGGGCCAGGCUCCGUGGAAAUAUACAAAUUGGACGUGUUCCGGGUGAACUCGCUGCUGAGCCCGUCGCCGAGCAUCGUCACGGGAUUCCCGUUGCCGAAUAAGGGCAAGAAUAAAGCGCCGAAGAAGACCAGCCACGCGAGCUGGAAAACGUCGAAAACGCCGGACUACGACAAAGCCACCAGCCUGCUGAACACGCUUCGCAAACAGUCGAACUCGUUCGACGAUCUCAGCACCGAGGUGCCGGCGAACACGGACCUAUUCGGCAUCGGGGGGGUGCCGGAGUUGCAAGUCGGCUGCGAGGGAUUGGAAGCUGCGGAGUCGGAUCACGGGAGAGAGAGGAGAUCGAUAGACUCGGCUCUCACUGGCGGAGAUAAGAAUCCAAAGAGGGAGGUGGAUUCCUCGUGGGUGGACGUGACUCCGAUAUCGUUGAACCUGGACUACGAGCUGUCUGGCGAGGACGGCUACGAGGAGGAGAUGGACGAGCUGCUGAAGCUAAAGAAAUUGGAGAGUACGACGAAGCGUAGCAGACAGAACAGAGGCGACAUGGACGCGACUCUUCUUCAUUCGGAGUUCCACCAAGGCACCAAGGGACGAGCCGAGAAAUUGCCUGUUCGCGGUGACUUGGGCAAGUCUAGCGUGAGCAACGAGUCGUCGGCGUCGUCUAUAGACUGGCAAAGUAAUCGGCAGGUAGAAGAAAAGACGAGGCUGGCUAACGACAAGGCUUUGCGUUUUAACGAAGGGAAGCGAGACGAUUAUGCUGGCGCGGCUAGGUCCGAUGAUGGGACGUCGGCGGGUAAUCAACGUCGCAAGAUAUUGUGGCUCGAGAAGCCUGAGAACGUUGUCGAGCAACGGCUCAUAGGAAACGAGAAGGAGAACGGGGAACGUCGCGAACGCGAUACUUGGGGUUUCGGCGAGGACGAGGGCGUGGUGUCUAGCGACGAGUUGCAAACGGAGAAUCAGCGACGAAGACUGGCCAACGAGAGGCGGAAUAUGAUCCGUCAGGAGGAAUUAAGAAGAAGCGAGGAGCAACGUAGAAGAGCCGAGGAGAUGUUGAGGCGGAAUCAAAUCGAGAAUCGGACGAACAGCGACAUCGAGAGAAUUCGGCAGGAAUACGAGAGAGGAUUGAGUGAGAAGGAGAGAGAGGAGGAAGAAAGGAGGCGGCAGUUGCAGCAGUCGAACAGGUGGCAGCUGGACGAGGAGCAUAGACGCCGCUUACAGGAGGAAAUAUCGAGGAGAAAUCGAUUGGAGGGGCAACGUCGGACGCAAGAAUUCGAGGCUCUCAGAAGACGCGAGACUGUGAUACAGAGGCCUGCGUCCGAGGAGGAAAGAAAACGGCAGUGGCAACAGGCGAUAGAAGCGAGAAGACGCGAGGAGGACCGUCUGCGGGAGGAGGAUGAACGACGAAGGUUCCGGGAGGAAGAGGCGCGUCGUAAAUGGGAUGAAGAGCUAAGGCGAAGGCAGCAGGAGCAGGACAGAAGAAGCCUGGAAGAUAGAAGAAGGGAGUGGAUGCUGAAACGCAAACAGGAAGAGGAAGAAGAGAAAAGAAGACAUCAACAAAGUAGAAACGAGCCCUCGAACUUGUUAUAUCCAUCGCGAAGUAAUAAAUCGUACGAUCGAGAAACGGAAAGACGAUUGAGGGAACAACAGGAGAGAGAACGUCAUCGAAAGUUGAACGAGUACAUUCAACGUAACCAACCGAUCAAGGUAAACAGUUCGAUCGACCGGCAAAGGGAAGAAGCGAACGAGAGGAGGCAGGAAGAGGAACGACGUAGAAAGGAGGAGCAACAACAAAGAGUGGAAGUGGAGCGCAAGUUGCAGGACUACGUUCGAAGGAAUCAACCGGUGCGCGUUCCGAAAUUGAACGAAUCGUACGACAGGAACUGGUUGGAGUACAGGAGGAGAUUAGACGAAGCGAGGCAACGUAAUCAGUCGCGAUAUACGGGCCCGGGAGACGGAAGAAGAAAUCACGGGCCGUCAGCCCCGACGAAUAUCGAUCCACGAUAUUACGUGGACGACGCGAGGAGAGAGGCAGCCAGAAGGAUCGAGAAGGAGGAGGAGAGGAUUCGCGAGCGACAGAGGCAGCUAGAGCAGCAAGAGCAGCUAAGGAGGUACGCUCUGAGGCGAGAAGAAGAGGCUCGAAGGAUGCAAUCGAGAAAAUACGAGGAGGAACGAAAGAGGCAGGAGUCGGUGAGGUUAGAAGCGGAGAGGAGAGCGAAAGAGCUGCAGGAAGAGGAGGCCAGGAGGAACCAGGCUGGGAGGAGACCGUUGGAAAAUACGAGACCAAGCUACGAGAAUCGUAGACGAUUCGACGACUACAGAAGGGGACAAGACACGAGUCUUAUUCCAACCAAUUUAGUUUUGAACGAGUCCAGGAGAGCCACGGAGAGACAAAGACAGGAGCAAGAGAGAAAGCGGCUCGAAGCUGAAAGGCAAAGAGCGAAAGAGACGAGGGAGAAGGAGGAGCGUGACAGGGUCAUGAAAGAGCACCGGAGACGGCAGGAAGAGGCCAGGCUGAAUGCGUUGCCCGUGAGCGCGAGCAUAAUAGUCCAACCGGCAGCACCAAACCUGUUAUCGAGGAUAAAUAUCCCGCGACUGAACCCAUACGAAGAAGGGAUAAAAGUGCCAAACUUUCCAGUGUCACCCACUCGACGACCACCUGUAAAAAGUCCAUCACCCUGCGUCUGGGCGGUUGUCCAUUGUUGCCCGUCGAAAGUCAAUCGUCUAAUUACGUGUUUCGAAUCGAUGGGCUGUCCCGGUAUCAAUUGGGAGCCCAGUCCUUGCAGAGCUAGCAUCACGCAAGCUGCUAAAAACCAGGUGGCGAAAUUUUACGCGGAAACCGAGGACCAGGAUGAAUACGAUUAUCCUUAA